UUUUUUCUUGCGAACAUUCUCUAUCAUCAAUUCUUGUGAAAUCUGUGAAGAAAUACUAGUUAAUAGAAAUAAAAUCAUUUAAAUACCCAAAAAUCAUACAAAACUAAAUGUUAAUUUUCAAAGUAUAUUUGCGAAUUUACAACUACGUUUAAAAAAUUCUCCGAAAGAAUUUGGCUUCCUUAGCCAGUAUAAAUUUGCUGCUUUGUUCACCGCAGUACAUCAAUCAAUAAAGUGGAAGAAAAGCUGUGAGAUAAACAUUAAUAUUUCACAUCAACGCAAAUUUAAAAUUUUCAAACAAAUAUUGCUACAGUUAAGUCAAUGCGAUAUAAGUUCCCGUGAAUAAUCAUAAUAAAAUUUCAUCAAAGUUAUAAAGUAAACAAUUUAAAAGUUUUAUCUUCAAUAAUGUCGGCAUCAAUAAGCAAAAUUCAUGUCACCAGCUCGACUGGUUUGUCAUUGAAUGAACGUUUUACGGCAGUGCAGGAUCGCCGCCGUGAAGUGCCAGAACGCGUUUUGCGACCUACUCGCGACACAUCUGUCGCAAAUCGUCGUCUAUUGCAGCAGCUAGCUAGAAGACAUAAAAUGCAAGCAGCACUUAAAUUGAAACGCAGAAGCAUGCGACCAAUUGGAGGAACUGUAGCUAUGAGACGCGGCACUAUCAAGGCCUUGCGUGUAGCAGCUAAUGGAAAACCGAUCCGUACCAAUAGCCUGACCACCGUUGCAACAAUGGAAGCCGAUUUGAUUACGAACAAUCAACGCAACUUAAACAGAUCCCUCCGUCGAGCGAAUUCCGUUUCGAACCGUUUGGGCCGCCCACUAGUAGGCGGUGCUGCUCAGCGUAUUGCCCAGCGACGUUUACAACGUGCAUUGCCCGGUGCAAUCAUACCGCAUGAAAUGCAAAGGCGUGGCCGUUCACGCAGUCGUUCUAGGGCGCCCGUGGAGAUUAUAAAUUUGACCCGUAGUCGUUCACGCAGCGUAGGACGCACGCUACCAACAGGCGUUCAAGUUCGUGGUCGUUCUCGCUCACGUGUACGUUCACGCAGUCGUGUCAAUGCUGUUUCUAGAAAUAAUAUACCAGUAAAAGCCCGCUUGGGUGUCCGUCCUGGAGCUAUUGCUGGCCGUCGUCGUAGCCAAAGUGCUGUACGCGGCGUAGCACAAGGACGCAUACAGCGUCGACGCAAUUCUAAUGUUGCUGCUGGAGCUGCUGGACGUACAGCUAACGCUGGGCGCCAACGGGGAAGAACAAUGACUAGAAACGCAAACGCCAUAGUAAACACGGCUGGCCGCUCACGUUCGCGCACACGUAAUGGCGUACAGGCACGCGCUCAAUCACGUGCACGUUCACGUACUCGUGGGGGAUCUGUUGUGGGUCAGCGCAAUGUAGGAUCGGCUCAAGCUGGUCGCAUACGUGGCCGUAGUCAACAACGGCGUGGAGGACGUGGUGCAAUAGCACAAAGAAAUGGUAAAACUAAUGGUAAUAAGAAUGGACAGCAACAACAACAACAGCAGCAGCGACGUGGUCGCAGUCGCAGCCGUGGUGGACGCGGUGGCCGCAAUCAAGGUAAGACUGCUAAGCCAGAGGUUGAUAAGGAUAAGCUCGACAAGGAGCUGGACCAAUAUAUGGCGACAACAAGAACUGAGAACACUGACUUUCUGCUAAGGAAUUAGGUCACUUAGUAUAGCAGCAUAACCACCGUGAAAUACAUAAUAGUUUAGUUUAAACAUAUUAAUAUUUAUUAUUUUACAUAAAGAAAUUAGAUUUUUUUUUAAUAUAUAAAACUCAAUGUUCAACUCUUCUUAGUUAAGUUAAUGCAGUGAAAACUGCCUAAUCAAACCUAUGUAUAUAAAUAAAAGUAAUUUAUAUUAAGAUCUUAAUUAAGUCUGGCAUAACAAUUUUGUAAAAUCCUUUAUUAUCUCAAAGAAUACUUGAAUUUGAUGUACUUUAUUGUUGCCAAUAUCUAAUAAAUAAUAAGCAGCUAAAAAUA